GUUACCCCGUUUGAGAUGAUUAGCUACACCUCUUUGAAUAUAUCGGAAAACACUUUUACAGUUUCCGUCAACCCUCCUGCCACAUUGCCUCCAGUGUGGAUUAGGUAAUUGAACAUUACGAUGACGGAUAUACCAGAAGUCUAGAAAACAAUAAUUCCAUUAUCAAUAUUAGAAACAGAUAAAGCAUUAAAGUAUUAAAAUUUCCGUAUGAACAAAUGUUGUGUAAAAUAUGACAUUGUGUCUUUCUCUUGUUGGCUGAAAUUAGGGGGAUUAUUUUUUUUAUUUUAACAGGCAAUACACAUAGAUAAUUCGAACAAAUGCAAACUUAUUUCAUGACAAUGUGUUCCUCCUGGACUAUGCAAGAAAUGUUUUUCUUGAAAUGACAAAGAAAAGAUGAAUGCACAAUGAGCAGAAAAAUACACACCGACAACUCAACGAUAGUGUGGCAGAUUUCAUCAAAUGUUUCGAACCAAAGUGUAGUUAAACUAGACAUAGGAGGAACAAUAUUUAAAUGCUACCGGGAAACCCUCUACACCUUUCCAGAAUCAAAGCUUGCUCGCUUGCAAGAGGAUGACUUGGUACUCGAGACCAGUACGGACAGGAAUGAAUACUUCUUUGACAGAAAUCCAGUCUUUUUCAAUAUCAUAUUGGACGCGUACAGAAAAGGUGUUGUCCAUCUGCCAAAAGACAUAUGCGGGUUGGAUUUUAAGAAAGAACUGGAUUUUUGGGAAAUUUCUCCGGGCCAUGUUGCUCCGUGUUGCUGGGAAGCCUAUUACAGGGGUCAGUCCGAAGAAGAUACCAUGACACGCCUGAUGGAAAACUACAGGGAGAACACGAACGUAUGUCUAAUGCUGGGGCAACGGACAGAUUUAAAAGAAAGACUUUGGCUUUUUUUGGAUGAGCCACAGUCUUCGAGACAUGCAUUUAUCUGGGCAGUGUUUAUGUCAUUUAUUGUGGUAAUAUCGACGGUUUUACUGUGCAUUGCAACUUUGCCCAUCGCAUUUGACAAGAGUUCUGAAGAGGAUGUUAAAAUUCUCCAACGAAUGGUAGAUAUUUUCGGCUUUAAAAAUCAAACGGGGAAAAAGUUGAAAGACUUGAAAUGGAAUGAUGCAUUCUUAACAAGUAUGGCGGCAUUGGUGCUUAUUAUGACAGCGGAGAUUUUGUUAUGUUUCAUCGUAUGUCCGAUUAGGAGGCAAUUCUGGAACACUCGAAGAGCUCUUACAUUUCUUGGCUACAUUUGCUUUUGGAUAACAUUUGGUUUAGAGUUGAAUCUCGACAUUUUGACGACAAAACCAGGUCUCGUAAUAUUUGUGAUAGUGCGGUAUGGAAUUAUUUUGCAGUUAUUUCGGCUUUUUGAUUUUGCACGCGCAAUUAAGUCGUUUAACAUUAUGGCACUUACCGUUCGUUCCUCAAAAGAGGAACUUAAAAUGGUUCUCUUUUUGACGGCAAUACUUGUGUGUCUGUUUGGAUUUUUCAUGUUUGCUGCUGAAUAUUCAUUUAACCAAAAAAUGAACAACGCAUUUAGCGCAAUGUACUGGGCGUUGAUCACCAUGACUACAGUCGGAUACGGAAAUUACGUACCGGAAACAAUAUUAGGCCAUGUAAUUGCUUGCGCAUGCGCAGUGUGUGGUGUUAUUAUUUUGGCUCUGCCAAUAGGGGUUAUUUCGUCAAAUUUUUACACGUUUUAUAAUUAUCACAAAUAUGCAGAGAGACACGUGACCGAGUAUGGAACUCAUCUUAAAGGAAAAGUAUAUCCGUAUCAUUCCAAACGAUCGACUACAGUAAUGUAGCCCUGUGGAUAUUGCAGGAUUUAUUCAAAGUGUUGUCUGCUCCAUUACUAUUAUUUUGACUACUACCCUUGAUUGAUAUUUGAUGCUGUUGCAGCAUUUCAAGGCACUUUAGAAUUUUAUUGUUUUAACUUAAUUGUUGAAAUAUUCCAUGUUCGGUAUGUGUAACAUUAAUUAUAGGGUGUUUUUCUUUUUAUUGCAAAAUGUUGUAUUUGUUGUGCAUUCUGUGUUUUGGGCUUUGCAUGUGUUUCACUGUUAUAAUGAUUGUUUACAGUAGAAACCACAGUUACCAACUUGAGAUUUGAGGGAUUGCCAGUGAGAAUUUCAGCUCAACAAUCUUGUAAGUGUAUAAGUAGCUGUUGAUGCCAUUUGAGUGUUGUUACUGUUGUCAUUACUGUUAUUUUGUACGGAAUGUCAUUUAUCUCAUUAGUCCUUCGUUGAUACGGGCUACUUAGCAGAUACUGUCUGAGACAAACCUUUUUCAUAUAAUAUAAUAAUUAGAAAUACGUGUGAUGUUGCAUUUUAUUUCAUAUUGGUAUUAAUUUUAUUUAUGUUUGUUGGUUCAACUGUAUUGAAGCAUACUGGAACAUUUGGAUUAC